AGAAAUCUAUUUUUGCAAAACUUCCAAAAUAGUCGGAUUCUGAAUAGUAAGUUUACCCCAAAAUUGAAAAUUUUUAUCACGGUACCGCGUGAGGGAAAGUGCGAGAGGGAAACGUCUCUUUGAAAAUUCCCCCAAUUUCUCUUAUUAAAUGUUUUCUUUUCCUUAUUUGAAUUUGAAUUUGAAUUCCUAGGGUUUUAUUUCGAUAUAUUUCGAUUUAUGCCCUACUCCAUCCUUUUAUAAGAGUAGUAGAGUAGGGACUACAAUUGAGUCAACUUUCCCUGAAUUUUUGUUUCCCCGAAAAGUUUACGGAAGAAAGUUGGAGUGGUCAUGGUACGGCCCGUCAAACGCGAAGCGGGUAGUACCAGUUCUAGUGGUAAAGCUGAAGCGAGUCGAUCUCAUGGCCAGACGGACCGUAGAGUCCUUCGAUCUCGUUACCUCGCCGUCAAGUCCUUAAUUAACGAUGAAAGAGAUGAGAUAACAAAUGCGGAUUCUGAUAAAUUUAAUCUAAUCAUUAAUGAAGUGGAGAGCUUGCACCAAUUUGUACAGAAACCAAGGGAACAGGUUGCCGAUGCAGAAGCUCUUUUGGACAUUACAAGCACCUUGAUAACCUCUGUCAAGGCACAUAGCAGUGAAGGAAUAACACCUUCAGAUUUUGUCACCUGUCUUCUCAGAAACUUUGGGAAACAAACUGGACUGGGUGGUAGCAGUGAGGAUGGCAGGAACUUGAUAUGUUGGAAGGAUGUGGGAAUUGCAGUCUCACAUGUUUUCCAGAGGGGUCCUAGAUGCUGCACCAUGAUUGGGCCUAUGGAUACUGGAAUAAAACAACGGAAGGCUAUUGUUCGUAGGAAACAUGUGAGGCCUAUGGAAAGUGCUCGGCCUGAAGAGCUUAAGGAUUCUGUUGUGGAGGAGAGGACGGAUACUGAUAAAAAUAUGGCUACCAUGUUUAAUAUCUUGAGGAAGAAUAGAUGUGUCAUGCUUGAAAAUCUGGUGUUGAACAGAAACUCUUUCGCGCAGACAGUGGAAAAUUUAUUUGCACUCUCAUUCUUAGUUAAAGAUGGACGGGCUGAAAUAAAAGUGAAUGAGAAAGGCUGUCACCUAGUAUCUCCAAGGAAUGCACCUGCUGCUAAUGAAGUUCUUUCAGGGCAGGUUUCUUACAGCCAUUUUGUCUUCAGAUUUGAUUUUAAGGAUUGGAAGUUGAUGACAAGUUCAGUUGCAGUUGGGGAGGAACUGAUGCCUCAUAGGAACCAAGAUGUAUCAACCGAUAGCCAAACAGAUGCACCAUCUGGACAAUCUCAAGCAUCUAUACCUACGACACCAAUUAGGAAAUUGUCCAGGAAUCGUGGCUUGGUUUUACAGGAGCAGACAGUUGUGGAAGACUCACCUGAGGCUGAGGGUGAACCGUCAGUUAUUGAAGACUCACCUUUCUGUGAUUCCAAGCAAAGACGAGCUGCUGCAAUUCGAAAAGGGAAACGCAAGCUGACAUGAGAUUGGCUUGGAUGCAGCAUUUUCCUGAGUAAUACUGGCUACUUUCUGCUGACAAAAUACUUUUGUUGAUUCUGAUCAUUUAGCCGUGUAUAUUUAUAGGAGCUUUAUGCAUUAGGUUUUCCUUUUUUUGUCUUUUUUCUUCCUCUGGGAUAUAUACUAAAAUUAGGGGAUGUCUUUUAUGGGUUAGUUCUGUUUCAUAUUUGUAGGCUAUUCCAUCUUUCUCAGGUCCUUUUCUCAUGGGCAUGACAUUGGGAGUAACAUUUGGCACUAUAGAAUUCUAGUGGUCAUAUUUUUAUCAAAUCUUAUUCAUUUCUAAA